CGCGGAUCAGAUCAUGGCGGUAAACUCGAUCCGCUCAGCGUAGAGGUUACGAUGGACGCAGCUGCUGCUUUUAUGGUAGCCAGAUUCGUUGUAUGUCUGCCUUUAAUCAUCAUUUUCGUUGGAACGAGUGAAUGUUGACUAAAAUCGACAUCAACUGCAACGUUUGAAUUUUCGCGGUGAACUUGAUAAGUCGACGGCCGUGCCAUCUAACGACGUCGUGGAAAAACCUGUUGCGUCUAAUAUCACCGAGUUCAGUCAAAAUAAAGGAAGAAGAGAAGAAUCACACGCGUUCAAGUUUCACGAUUAUUUAACAAUAUGGAUAAUGUAAAUUCUACAGAAAACAGCGAGACCGUAAUUGUAAAUAAGUUACUCGAGCUACCGAGGGUUUUGAGCAAGAGUCAGUUGAAAAAAGUGAAGAAACGGGAGAAAUGGCUGAAGCGGAAAGUUCAAAAAAGUGCAGAUUACAAGAGAGAGCUAAAACAAGGGAGAAACGUGCCCACGCACGUGCGAAUAACUUGAGCCUGGGCCCGUCUAGGAAGUUUCUAAAGAGAAGUACCAUGGCAGCCAGCUCUUGCAAGCUCACAGUGACCAUUGAUUUGUCAUUCGAUGAGUUAAUGAUCGAUAAGGACAUUGCUAAGUUAACAAAACAAAUACUAAGGUGCUAUACUUUGAAUAGAAGAGCAGCAGCCCCUUUGCAAUUUUCUCUCUCCAGUUUCACUGGUAAAUCCAGGGACGACAUGGAGAAGCACAAUGGAUAUGAACAUUGGGAUGUGAACUUUCAUACAAAGUCAUAUAUAAAUAUUUAUCCUAAGGACAAAAUCAUUUAUCUCACGAGUGAGUCAGAAAAUGUGAUAGAGCGCUUGGAUCACGAUUUCAUCUAUGUCAUAGGUGGUUUGGUUGACCAUAAUUUUCACAAGGGUAUCUGUCACAAACUAGCGAAUGAGGCAGGCAUUAGGCACGGGCGAUUACCAUUGGACAAAUUUCUACAGAUGAAAGCGAGGAAAGUCUUGACUAUAGAUCAUGUCUUUGAAAUAUUGUUGAGAAUAACCGAGGGCGAUACUUGGCAAGAGGCGUUUUUGAAAGUAUUGCCGGAGAGAAAAAACGCUCAACCGAUCGUUCUUGAGCAAUGCCAGAAGCAGGAAGAAUCGUCGGACUCGAAGUCCACCGACGCGCGCGAUACGUCGCUGGUAAGCGCGCAGGUUUCCGACGAAACGACCGACCGGCUUGACUGCAGCGUGGAAGUGAACGUCGCAGAGUAGAGGCUGCGCUCAGCAUGAGUGCUGUAGCUAAUUAAUCGCCGUAGGUCGGAUCAAGCGCAUGACUGCAUGACUGACUUCGGAUAAAACGUUUGUACACAUGUGCAUAUUUAUUACAUCGCAAAUGUACAUAUUCCUCUAUUACUGUUAAAAUAAUAAAUACGAUUGUAAUACAGUACGAGUGUGUCAGGUGUCAUACAGUACACGUAUCAUCAGGUACACCUAUCUGUCUAAAUGAAUAAAAUUUGGUUUCUCUCA